UGGUUGGCUUGUGCGGGUUUUUGGCUUUCUUACAAAGCGGCACUCGCCACAUAAGAGUCUGCGCCAAACAGUAGCCUCGAUUAUAGCGCUGUAUGGACGACGCUCGCUUCAUAUACCAGUAUCUCGUAUUAUCGUGCACACAGACUUUAAUAUUGUAUUUACAUUACGCUGACAAGUUUUCGAGUUAAUGUUAAGCGUAAGGUAAUUAUUAGAGAAGAACAUGACAAAAGUGUUGGAUAAUAAAUCACUAAUUAUGUAAUAAAUGUAAAAUUGUGCAACUUUUCGCAGAUGCGUACGUUCGGUGGCAUUUAAAGCAUUAUAUUCCCAAUUAAAUAAUAUAACAAUUAUUCGCUGACUUAACAGUUCUCUAAUUAUACAGACGUUAGACUAGGAAUGGCGGAAAGUGUACGGAUAUUGUGGUUGGUGUCGUUGUCGUUCCUGGGGGCGGCGCGCGGAAUGGAACACGUGGAGUGGUUCGGACGGACGGACAGCCAGGAGGUGAUAGACACGCAUAACGAGCUCCGCAGGUCCAUCUAUAAUGCCGCCAACAUGCGCGAACUAACAUGGAACGAGGGUGUGGCGACGGCAGCUGCGGAGUGGGGCUCACGGUGUGAGUACGUCAGUCGCCCGGACAACCAGUGGGGCCAGAACAUGAACUAUUUCCAUAGCAACGACUAUCACAAGCCCGCCAUCGACCUGUUCCGGAGUAGUUUCCACUCAUGGACGAACGAGACAAUGCACUACGACUACCGGCGGUACCGCUACUGUGGCAGCAAGAACGUCUGCUCCUACGUCCAGUUGAUUGCUGCGGACGUGCAGGAGGUUGGCUGUGCUGUGGUCCGCUGUCCCGUCCUGUCCCUCCGCGCCCCCAACACCUCACAGACGCACACUAAGCUGCUCGUAUGUUUCUACACGCCGUGGGUGAACAUUCUUGGCCAGGAAGUUUUCAUCCCGGACAAGAGAUGUGCCGCCUGUCCAGAGGGUACCACGUGUGUAGACAAUCUCUGCUCAGCCAGAUUCUAUCAGACUGGUAACACCAAGAUACUUCCAACCCAGAAUUCCCCGGGAGUGAAAAUUGAAUCCAUAUCAGGAACGCGAGAUCAAAGUUCCCAGACAUCAAAAGACCGCAAUGGAAAUAAGGAGGACCGUGUGCGUCCACAGGACAGGUCACGUGACCGGGAAUCGCGGAGACGGGAGCGUAAGGAGCGUCGACGACAGCGCCAGAGAGGGGGAGACAAAACGUCCACAGACAGAAUAAUCGGAAGUCAUAACACAUUCGCAGUUGCCACGAGCUCCGCCGGAAGUGAGAACCGCGUCCAUCAGGAGUUGCAACACGGCGGGAAGAACGAGACUUUCGUGGUGUACACGCCCAACAACCGCGUCGUCCCCUUCCCAGGUCGCGAUGACCGGCGGAACAUUCGAAAGAUCGAACGGUACGAAGCGAAGGCGGAAGGCGACCUUGACCGGAAGCAGGAGAAGAUCGUGCAUACGCUAGAACUCAUCGCCACCAACAUCACUUCCGUUGAGCUGGCCGCCCACAACGACACCCUCAAGUCGAGAAGAAAGCGUCAGGUAUCAAUACACGAUCCCAGAUACAUGGAGUGGUACGACAACGUUUUGCGUACGCGUCGACGUGAGUACGAACGUUACUUGCGGGAUUACGAAAAUGUAAUACGUGAACGUCAGGAGCGACGUUGGCGGUACGAACAAGAACUACGGCGACGUGAGCAGCACAACAAUCACGUGGCAGAACUCCGUAGAGCGGAUCAUCAAACACAGUAUAACGGGGAAUUACGUCGUCGUCAAGAACGUUUGCAGCGUGAACGUCAGCGGUACGAGGCUCUGGCGCUAACGGCAAACCAAGGUCAGCUGACGGGAGAGGAGCAGUUUUUCAUCAUUUCGGCCCACAACUUGCUGCGUAAGGAAGCCGGUGUACGCGAUUUGGCGUGGAGCAGCCACCUGGAGCGUUGGGCGAAGUACGUGAUCCGGUGUGAGACCGAGUACCCGGGCCCCAUUACCUGCUACACUAACUUCGGCAAGGCAGAUCAGGGCGAGGAGAUCUACAACGUGGUGUACGAGUGGGGAACGGAAGGGGGCGACCUCAGGAAGCCCCUCCAAUACGGCUGCCGUACACCCGCCGACAAGAGCCUCUGCAACCACAACACUAACAUGCUACAGCCGUCCAUGGACCAGAUGGCCUGCGCGUCCAAAGCUUGCGGGUCCCAGCGGCAACUGACCUGUAUUUACAGCUCCGGCUAAUCCUGUAUCACACGACCAACUCACAUAUCAUUUCAACGGCUUUUCCUAUAUAUACAUAUAUAUUUGUCAUAUCGAUGAAGUGGUAAGACUUAUAGUACAACAACCGAAAACCUUUCAGGACACAUCGAGUAGCUUGUACCGCGCACGGUACAAGAAAUAUACCUCAGGAUUUUCUAGUAAUUCAGUUUACGGUUAUUUAGGACUUUAUAGAACUAUUUAAGACCACAAAUGCCAAAGAUAUAACAUUGCCUCCUAGGUGUGAAUACUCAAUACGGCUUUCAGAAACGUGCGUUCAGAAGUUAAGAAUCAAAUGGCUUGGGUGGUUUAGUUAUCAAGAAAGAACCUUUUUCGACAGCUGUUUAAAGCCAGUAACACCAUUGUCUUUCAACAAUGAAGCAGAACAGUGACAUGGUUUCGGUGCGAGUCAUUUGCAAUAGUGCUGCGUAUAGUAGAAAAAAUUGAAAUGUUGUUAAAACUAAUGGAGAGCUAAAAUAUAAGGCGUUGUUUACAGUAAGCAGUUAUAUUGCAGACGUAAGUUCUUUUUGAAAAUAGCAAAAAAAUGUAGUUCGUGUAUAAAGCUUUAUGUAUCUAUACUUUGUGAUAUGUCGUUGUUCAAAUUUAGAUUAACCAUGUGUAUUCUUGUAUAUCUGUAAUUGCUGUAUAUUGUGUCUAUAUUGUCUCUAGCGGUGUACUCAAUUUCUGAGACAUUAAUCUUUAUAUUGUAAAUAAUGUAAAUUCAUUUCUACAACUGUUCAUUUGAAGAAGUAUUCAUUAAUCCAUUUUCGCUUCUUGGAUUUAUCAAUAUCAACUGUUUCUGAAUGAUGCUAUUAAUGCCUUUUCAACAAGUUCUAACUUUGAAAAUGUUUAAAAUAAAAAUGAAUCAUGAAAUUAUGAAACCAAGCAUUUCCCUGUAUUGCAUUUUUAUCCGAAAAUAACAUGUGAAGAACAAUACCUUUCAUUUUGUAUAACAUCAUAAUUCACAUUAUUUAAUAUUGUCCUUGGGUGACCUUGACCAUGACCUUUUGACCUUAUUUCUUUUUGUUUAAGCGACAACAUUGAAAUUUGAAGGUGUAUUUUGUUGUUAGCCAAUAUAUCAAAAACCGCAAACACUUAUAGCUUAUGUAUAGGUAUGUACACCUAUCUAUGAUAAUUAUUGAAACAUUCCAAGUAGUCCGCGAUCUUAUUUUUUAACGGAAACUAUUUUACUGAAUACGUUAGAUAGUAUACAUGUCAUAAUGCUUUCGUCUGUGAAUACCCAUUUGAUUAAUUAAUUUUAAUCCUUAAAAAAACGAGAAAUAAAAAUAAUAAUAGACACUAGCACGCUUAUAAUUUUAUGUAGUUACUUCUAAAUGCAAAACACUUUCUCAAUUAAUACAAUUUAUGCUUUGUAUAGAAAUUGCAUUAUACCUUUGUAUACUGUGGAUGUUUUUUAUAAAUAGAUGUAAUUGAUUAAACAAGGACUGUUAUAGAUGAUCGUAUUGUAUCUCGUUUUAAUAAAUUUUAUAAAACGCA